ACAGGGAGGAGGGUGUGUUUCGCCAGACUCAUACCAGCAGACAACUCAAGUUUGAAGCUCCUUCCCCAACUUUUAUCCGCUCCUUACUUACUCACUCCGCCUCCUACGUCCUUUAUUUCGCCACCCGUUCCAAUUCGUCACUUGGCGUUAUGUUCUAGGGCUAGGCUAGGUCAGGGUGAGAGGGACACCCGGAGGUCUGACAGCCAGAGAAAGGAACUGAGAAGAGUUCUUCUGGGUUCUCUCAGACUGCUCCGCUUUUAUUGGAAUAUAAUUUUUUUGGGGGGGACCAGGGUGUGUUUUUUCUUUCCUCACAAUGGGAGACGUCAUAUCGAGCCACUUGGAUGAGGGCAAGCGGGAGAUCAUCACAGCCCGGACAGGGGAGGUGAUGGGCCAGUUCGACGCUCUCUAUGAACAGCAGUACAGCGUGGCGCUCUUCAACAAGGUGCGCUUCGACGUCGAGGGAGGGGGCGGACCUCAGCCUCAGCUGCUCCACCGCAAGGUUCCUCUGGAGAACCGGUGUAUCUUCUCCGGGGCGUUGUUCCAGUACCUGGAGGAGAACAGGAAGUGGAGGAACCGUUUCCUCUUCAUCCCAGACUCCUACAGCAUCAACUACUAUGACAGCAAGGCGUCCCAUGACCGAGGCCUGCAACCCAAGGGGACCCUGAGCUGUGCGGGAUACAAAGUGCUGACCUCCAUGGAGCAGUACCUGGAGCUGGUGGCCAACAGCCUACCAGGCGUGAAGGCCAAAGUGGGGAGCGCUCCCUUCCUGAAGGUGGCGACCCAGUUCCCCCUGAUCCUUUGGCAUCCAUACGGACGCCACCUCUACUUCUGCGUGGGGACGGAGAAGGAACAGGACAAGUGGCUCGCCGUCUUCCAGGACUGUGUACGACACGCCAACGAUGGUUUGUCAGAGGAGAGCAGGGUUCAGACCCCAGCCUUCACAGACUCUGUGCGUCUCUUCCGGCAGGCCAAGGGCCAGUACGGUACCUGGGACAUGAUGUGUGGCGGGCACCCGCAGAUCCUGUCCAACCUGGUGAUGGAGAUCCUCCUCCCAGAGAUCAGGGACCUCAUCUCCCCGCGCCUCAAAGGGAAGAUGCACGAGAGGCAGCGCAACUGGAUGUUGAUCAGUGACGCGGUGUACAGCCUGGUGCAGCGGCAGUGUGAGGCGCAGUUCCGUGCGCUGGAGCAGCGUUGCGAGGCGGGGCGCCCCCUGUUGGAGGCCUCCAUCCGCACAGACAUGGACCAGAUCAUCACCUCAAAGGAGCACGUCACCAACAAGAUCAGAGGCGUGGUGCUGUCCAAGGCGGACAAGCUGCUGAAGGUGAGCAUCCAGCCCUACAUCAGCUCCAUCCUGGAGGCGCUGAUGGAACCUACCAGCAGAGGCUUCUCGGAGGUCCGGGACGUCUUCUUCCGGGAGCUGGUGGACAUGAGCAAGAACGCCGUCAAUGAGGGCACCAAGGAGACGGUGGCAGAGCACAUGGACAAGAUCUCCAUGCUGGCGUUCCACCCGGUGAAGAUGCAGAGCUGCUACGAGAAGGUGGAGCGGCUCAGUCUGGACGGCCUGCAGCAGCGCUUUGACGUCUCCAGCCCCUCCGUGUUCGUCCAGAGAGCCCAGAUCCUCAUGAGAGAGCAAAUGGAUGAUGCUGUGUAUACGUUUGAGCAGAUUCUUCACCAGAGUCUGGAGGCUCAAGGUACAGAGGGUCUCUGUAAGACCAUCCAGCGCUGCCAGGACCGCGUAAUCAAGAAGUUUGACUACGACAGCAGCACGGUGAGGAAGAGGUUCUUCAGAGAAGCUUUGCUCCAGAUCUUCAUCCCCUAUAUGUUGAAGCAGCUCACGCCAUCCUGUUCCUCCGACCUGCCGCGCUUCCAGGAGCUGAUCUUCGAGGACUUCACGCGCUUCAUCCUGGUGGACAGCAUCUUCGAGGAGGUGGUGCUGCACUCCGUCAUGAAGGACAUCAUGACCGCUGUGAAGGACGCAGCGGUCCAGCGCAGACACAACCUGUACCGGGACAGCAUCGUGCUGACCAGCAGCGACCCCAACCUGCACCUGCUGGGGGACAACCCCUCCAUCGACUGGGCUGAGGAGUACGGGGCCCACGAGGAGGACGGGGACGGGGAGGAGGGCGGAGCGGACGCUGCCGACGACGACGGAACGGAGGCCCCGAAGAAGAGGGGGAGGAUGAAGCAGGUGGUCUCCAUGAUCCAGGUGGAGGGCUCCCCCACACUGGCCAACGCGUCCUGCCUGGACGUGCCGGGGGUGGACGGAAUACCAGAGGAGGAGGAGGAGGAGGAGGAGGAGGAGGAGGAGGAGGAGGAGGAUAAAGAGGGCGGGGUUCCUGCCGGGUCACCAAACAGCGGCUGCAACGGCAUCGCCGGGGGUCCGGCAGAUCCGGGCGCCCCCCCCUCCGCUCCGACCGACGGCGGCCCCUCCGAGGAGACCGGCAGCGAGGAGGUCGUUCAGAAGGAGGCGCCCCCCCCCGCCGCCGGGGGGGAGGAGCAGCCGUCUGCCCCCCCGGCCCAGAGUGGGGCGCCUCCCGCCCCCACAGCAGGUGGCCCGGCGGCGGCGGUGGAGGGGGAGGAGAACGCCGAGGUGGCGCCCGCCGCCGCCGCCGCCGCACAGGAGCCGGCCGAAGUCGAGAUCGUCACGGAAACGGUCGAGACGCCGCCCGCCGCCGCCGACAACGCCGCACAGGAGCCGGCCGAAGUCGAGAUCGUCACGGAAACGGUCGAGACGCCGCCCGCCGCCGCCGCCGACGCCGCACAGGAGCCGGCCGACGUCGAGAUCGUCACGGAAACGGUCGAGACGCCGCCCGUCCCCAAGGCGCCGCAGGAGAGUUCGGAGGAGCCGCCGCCGCCGCCGCCUCCCCCGGCACCGGUGACCGCCGCCCCAGUGUGUGUCCUCCAGGACACGCCCCCCUCGAGCCCCAAGCCGACGCCCCCCGAGGCCGCCCCCCCGUCGACGGACCGGGAGCCUGCGACCACCGCCUCCCUCCCACCCCCGCCGGUGGCUGACGGCAAGGAGGCGGAGGACGAGAAGGUGGCUCCUCCCCCCGAACAACCGGACGCGACAACGGCGGCGGCGGCGGCAUCACCAGCCCCCCCGCCGCCGGCGGACUGCGAGGAGGACAAGACGGCUCCUCCCCCGGAGCAACCGGACACCACGACGACGCCGACGGCGGCGGCAGCAUCAGCGCAACCCCCGCUGCCGACCAGCGAGGAGGAGGAGGGGGCGGCGCCUGAGUCGCCAAGGCAACAGCCAGAGCUGGAACCCACGCGGCCCAGUGACUCUCAGAGUGCAGAGGAAGACUCUUCCGGACCCUGCAGCCAGUGA